UACGAGCGGCUCAACGACGCGCUCCGCCCACCGAAUCGCACACCCGAGACCACAUGCGGCUAGCGCUGGCGGCAACUCGACAGCAGCUCAUGGAGAGGUCCAUUUCUUACAUUCAGCCCCAGGAAACGUGUGGGCAUCGUUGCAUCUUACAUCUUCCGACGACACCUCUUUCUUCUGCAUUGAUUCCAAGCUUAGGCGCGUUUGGCAUCACUUCACUGUUUCACUGUUUCUUGCCAUUGCCCAUUCCUUGACUGUUCGAGGUCUGUUUUCGCGCAUCCACAAGCCGCUGUCUCAGGAGAGCACACACGGCCCAGCCCACCCCUACCACACAAGGCCGGUUUCAGCAUGAGUUACGGCAACAAAGGUUACGGCCAGAUAGGCUAUGGCAGCAACCCCUACGACCAGCGCGACGAUAACCCAGGAGGAAACCGCUACAACAACUACGCACAAGGCUCCUAUGACGAUCCCGCACUAGAAAUGCAGUCUUACAACAACGGUGGCGGCGGCGGCGCUGACCCCAACGCAAUCCUCAACGAAUGCCGCGAAGUCGAUCGCGCUCUCGAUCAGCUCGACGACCAGCUGAACAACCUCGAGCGCGUCUUCAGGCAGGUGCUGGCACGGCCAGACAUGCCCUCGGGCGAGAUCACAAACCUCAGUUCUCAGAUCAUGACAGGCUACCGCGCCCUCGUCUCACGCGUCAAGAACAUCAAGUCGAAACCCGAGUCAGGCAGCCCGAGGAACGCCCCGCAGGUUGGCAAGGUGGACCGCAGGCUCAAGGCGACUAUCAACAGGUACCAGACGCUCGAGGCCGACUUUAGGAGAGACUCGCAGGCGGCCGCUGAGCGCCAAUACCGUAUUGUGCGCCCAGAUGCUACCGAUGCGGAGGUUCGCGAGGCAGUUGCGGAUCCUGACGCGCCCAUCUUCCAGCAAGCUCUCCUCAGCUCAGACCGCCGUGGUCAAGCCUCAUCGACCCUCCGCAACGUCAAGGAGCGCCACGAAGCUAUCCAGAACAUCGAGCGCCAGAUGGUCGAACUCGCCCAGCUGUUCCAAGACCUCGACCAAAUCGUGCAGCAGCAGGAGCCGCUCGUUGCCAACAUUGAACAAAAAGGCGAGGAGAUCCACGAGAAUGUUGUGCAGGCCAACACGGAGAUCGGUGGCGCCAUUGAAAAGGCGCGCAGCCGCAACCGCAAGAAGUGGUGGUGCCUGCUCAUUACUCUCAUCAUCAUCAUCCUCAUCGUCGUCAUUGUCAUCGUUGUCAAGAAGGUCACCGAGCAGAAGCCCGCGAAACCUGCUUAGACGUCUACUGCUGCGACAUGGCUACCCAAACGAGCAUCACGCUGUCCAUAUCCACCACACCAACUCUCUUACCCCGUUUACUAUCUUUCGCGGCCGGUCCAGUAUACUAUAUAAUACGCCUUUCCGGUGGAUAUGCUACUACACAACCAUCCAUCUCUCCGCCGCUACCACCAC